AAGCAACAUAUAAUUGAGUUAGCUAGAUAGAUAUCUGGUAUACUGUAUAGUGUAGCCCUCCAGCGUCAGGGGUUCGAUUCCUACCAUGGCCCUGAGUGUGCGGAGUUUGAAUGUUCUCCCCGUGCUGCGGGGGUUUCCUCCGGGUACUCCGGUUUCCUCCCCCAGUCCAAAGACAUGCAUGGUAGGCUGAUCGGCAUGUCCAAAGUGUCCGUAGUGUAUGAAUGGGUGUGUGAGUGUGUAUGUGAUUGUGCCCUGCGAUGGAUUGGCACCCUGUCCAGGGUGUACCCCGCCUUGUACCCCAUGCUCCCUGGGAUAGGCUCCAGGUUUCCCUGGAUAAGUGGUAUAGAAGAUGGAUGGAUGGAUGGUUGUAUAGUGUAGCAUAAUUAAUGUGACAUACAAGUAAAAGCAGUUUUUCAAUGCUAAUCUUCAAAACAAUUACAAGAGAACAACUUCUACUUUUUAUCCACUUAUGGUUACAUUUAAUGGCGUGGAACGUCCACGAAACAUGUCGGUUCCUGUCAUCACCAACUUCUUUUUUUUUUUUUUUUUUCGACUUUCUUGAAGUCAGUAAGAUAAAAACAAACACAAAUCGCAGUAUCAAGAAACUGUGAAGCACAAAUCUUCCAUCUUAAAGACUUUUCUGGGUCUUAAAGUGAUAGGUUUACUUCUAACUCUGACUCUGACACUGGAGACUCCUUCCAAAUAAAGUCUCUUCACAGAAAACUUCACCAUAUCUACAAUUACACACUGUUUGUGAAUCUUUGGUCCCGGUGUGAGCUGUGUACUAUAGAAAUGAUAAUCUAUUAGAACGAUUCCCUUCCAUCCACAGUCAUGUCAAGUAAAACUCCAUAUACCUCCAUAGAUCUCUCUCUCUAGCUCUCUCUCUCUCUCUCUCUCUCUCAUACCCUCGACAUAGUGUUAGCAGCUGGUUAUAAAAUAAAUCGAGGCAUCCUGUUUACAGCAGACAUUUCUAAAACUUUCACUUCCCUCACUGAGACACCGGAAAUAAGUGUACUGUUCCUUUAACAGCCAUUAGACCCUGUUAUAUGAUGCUGAGUGGAGCUUUUCAGCUCUCAGUUCCCAGUCCAACAUCAAAACCGUGCGGACAUGGGAUUAGACGAGGAGGACAAAGACACAUGUGACUGUUAACAAUCUUAUUAACAGUUUACUCUUUAUGUGAUUAUGAAGGAUACAUGGAGCGAGGGUGAGACGUACUGAGCACCACGAUGGACUGCGUGGACCAGAGUGAGCAGGAGAAGCUUAUCAUCUUCAUCACCCUGCCGCUGUCCUCCAUCAUCAUCCUCACCAACUUGCUCAUCAUCAUCGGUAUCGCCUGCAACAGACAGCUCCAUGACACGCCCAAUUACUUCUUCCUGAGCCUGCUGGUGGCAGAUCUCUGUACGGGCCUCGCUCUGCCCUUCAUCCCUCGCAUGGGUCUCGUUCGAUCGCUGAACUUUCCGUCUUGCCUGCUCGUACACAUCUUCCCCAAUUUCCUCUUCCUGUCCUUCCUCUUCAACCUGGUCAUGGUGCACUAUGAGCGGUACCUGUGCAUCGUCCAUCCGCUGCACUACAGCCAGUUUUGGGUGCACCGCUGCUUUCCAGUUGCACUUUUAGCUGUAUGGAUUCCUCCUCUCCUCUAUGCUAGUUUACCUGCCUUCGGAUGGAAUAACUGGACAGAGAAACAACUUAACCUCAGCUUGGAUGCUAAUACAUCCUACAUUUUAAGAAAAGGCGAACCAGCAGUAAGUGAACAUAACUGUUCAAACGAUGAGCAGGAUUACUGCUCCUACAAACAGAUUUUUCCCAAACCAUUCAUCUAUUUGGAAGUCUAUGGGCUGCUCCUGCCUGCCAUCUUCUCCAUCCUGGCCAUGACAGGCCGAGUUCUCUGGAUUACACGAAAGCAACUGAGUGAUAUCUGUAAGCUUAAUCGCUCUGUGAUGAGCAGCGAGACCUCAGAACAUGAACAUCACCUCAAUCUGCGCUACGCAAAGUGUGUCGCUCUCGUCUCGCUCACCUUCCUGGUCUGCUGGGUGCCCUACAUCGUCUACCUGCAUGUUUCCGUCGUGUUGCUUCAAGGAGGUGAGAAGAGGAGCUCCUCCCUCAACAUCAUCCUCUCAUGCACGGGAGUCGGCAGCAUGGCCGUCAUACCCAUCAUACUCAGUCUCGCCAACAGGCAGUACACAGAGCCAGUGCGCAAUCUGCUUAAGAAAAUCAGGACUCGCUGCGCUAGAAUACAGGACUUAGGAGAUCCUUCCUGAAAAGUUUACAAUUUUUUAUUUUAUUUUUUUAAACAGCAAUUGCACAAAUGUCUUUCCUUAUGAGUGAGUUACAGGAGGUAGAUCUCGGCAGAGAACAAUGUAGCUCAGUGAAUUUCUUUGCUGAUUUGUACUGUUUUAUUUCCUUGUCAGGUUGUUAAGUAGCUAGAGGGAUAACUUUCUACUGCAUUCCAGUACUGUUUUCAUAGUUCCUAAUGGGAUUUGACCCAGUCAUGAUCUAAUGGUUUCCAGUCAUGAUCCAAUGGGUUUAAUGAUUUGCAAGACUCCAGGCAUUUUUUAUUUAAUUACAG